AUGGAUCUAUCGUGGAUGUAUAUUUACAGCAAGUAUAUUAUACUAUUAGCAUCUCGUACUCAUGUUGGAUUAUUGAUUGGAAUACGAAUUCUAACUGGUAUUGUUACUGGACCAGGAUCUCCAUCAGCAGCUGUUCUGGGGGAAAUGGGUACGACUAAUGAUACAGUUCCGCCGCUAUCACAAGCGGGUUCAAAUUUUGGAAUUAUUAUUACUACGCCAUUGAUGAGUAUUACGAUUGAAGAAUAUUUUCUUGGCGGAUGGCCAUCAGCAUUCUAUGUUUUUGGCAUGCUUUCUUGUCUAUGGUUUACUGGUUGGUGUCGAUUUGGUUAUAAUUCUCCAGAUCAACAUCCUCGUAUAUCAAAUGAAGAAUGUCGUUUCCUUAAAAAAUAA